GUUACUCCAAAAACAACAAUACUAUGAGAGAAAGAGACAAAAUAUUACGUUAUAGCGCUGGCUCGUUCGGCGAUCUAGUUGGCUUCGACACUGUGACAGUUCAGUUGCCACCUGCGCUUUGAGAUGUGAGGUGCUCUUCGUUUUUAAGAAAAACGUGACAUCUCGAGGAUACCGCGGUAUUGAUGACAAAGGUACUGAAACACGUAACAAAAAGCAACUCUAACUGUGAAAUUAGAAAUGUGCUUCAAUAAGAACCUCAUUAAGCUGGCGGACUACUUCCGAUUACAGUCAGUUAUAUCUCGUUAGUGACGUACGUGAAAAAAAUCGAAAUGAUCUGCAACAGAAAAAUUGUGUUCACAAAACUUUUGCUGUGCUUCUUCGUGUCUGGUGCCUGCGGCCGCUCGUGGGCCAACCACCAUGACACCACGACGUCCACGACGCAAACCACGCCCACCACGAGCCCUGUCCCCAAGAACAUUCACAGCGACCCCCUUAUCGUUGAAACAAAGAGCGGCCUCGUCAAGGGUUACCCCAAAACAGUAAUGGGACGUGAGGUUCACAUAUUCACAGGAAUACCAUUCGCCAAACCUCCACUAGGUCCACUCAGAUUCCGUAAGCCCGUACCAAUAGAUCCGUGGCAUGGCGUCCUUGAAGCCACCAGUAUGCCUAACAGCUGUUAUCAGGAAAGGUAUGAGUACUUCCCUGGCUUCGAGGGUGAAGAAAUGUGGAAUCCUAACACAAACAUAUCGGAAGAUUGCCUUUAUCUAAAUAUAUGGGUACCGCAACAUUUGCGAGUCCGUCACCACCAGGACAAACCAUUGACUGAAAAGCCUAAAGUGCCAAUACUUGUGUGGAUAUACGGCGGAGGUUAUAUGAGCGGCACAGCGACACUUGACCUAUAUAAAGCGGACAUUAUGGCUUCUUCCAGUGAUGUAAUAGUUGCUUCCAUGCAGUAUAGGGUUGGUGCAUUCGGAUUUUUGUAUCUAAAUAAGUUUUUCUCAUCGGGAAGCGAAGAAGCUCCUGGGAACAUGGGUCUGUGGGAUCAACAGUUGGCCAUUCGUUGGAUUAAGGAUAAUGCUCGCGCUUUUGGCGGUGAUCCAGAAUUGAUAACGUUGUUUGGGGAGUCAGCCGGUGGGGGCAGCGUAAGUUUACACAUGCUUUCACCAGAAAUGAAAGGUCUGUUCAAGAGAGGAAUAUUACAGUCCGGAACUUUGAAUGCUCCUUGGAGUUGGAUGACAGGAGAGAGAGCUCAAGAUAUCGGCAAGGUUUUAGUGGACGAUUGUAACUGUAACAGUUCUCUGUUAGCCGUUGACCCUAGCCUGGUUAUGGACUGUAUGCGCGGCGUGGACGCUAAGACCAUUUCUGUACAACAAUGGAACUCGUACACCGGUAUAUUAGGAUUCCCGUCAGCGCCUACUGUCGACGGCGUGUUUUUGCCGAAGGACCCCGAUACGAUGAUGAAGGAAGGCAAUUUCCAUAAUACCGAAGUGCUUCUUGGAAGUAAUCAAGACGAAGGAACCUACUUUUUGCUGUACGAUUUCCUAGAUUACUUUGAGAAGGAUGGACCUAGUUUUCUUCAACGAGAAAAGUUUUUAGAGAUCGUCGAUACCAUCUUCAAAGACUUUUCCAAGAUUAAGAGGGAAGCUAUUGUUUUUCAAUACACAGACUGGGAGGAGAUUACUGAUGGAUACCUGAACCAGAAGAUGAUAGCGGACGUGGUGGGCGAUUACUUCUUCGUGUGUCCGACUAACUACUUCGCCGAGAUACUAGCUGACGCAGGGGUCGACGUUUACUACUACUAUUUCACCCAUCGUACAAGCACGAGUCUCUGGGGCGAAUGGAUGGGGGUCAUGCACGGCGACGAGAUGGAGUAUGUGUUCGGGCAUCCGUUGAACAUGUCUCUGCAAUACCACACCAGGGAGCGUGACUUGGCAGCUCACAUCAUGCAGUCUUUCACUAGAUUUGCUUUAACUGGAAAACCUCACAAACCUGACGAGAAGUGGCCGCUAUACUCGAGAGCUUCGCCCCACUAUUACACGUACACUGCUGACGGCACCAGCGGGCCUGCCGGCCCUCGCGGACCCAGGGCUUCGGCGUGCGCCUUCUGGAACGACUUCUUGAACAAGCUGAAUGAAUUAGAGCAUGUGCCGUGUGACCGAGCCGUCACAGGGCCAUACAGCAGCGUCGCUGGCACCACUCUGCCAAUCCUGAUGCUGACUGCUCUCGCCACCACAGUCGCAGUGUAAACUUGAUCACCGUUUACUCUUGUGAGCAAGCAUAAGCUUGAAAAACAUUCAGUGAAAUAUUUAGACCUAAGUAGAAAAAUGUGUGUUAUGUGAUGAUAUUUUGUAUGAGGCUUUUAAUUUUAAAGUUGAAUAAUUAAAUAAAAUAAAUAAAUAAAAAUAAAAAAACGUUUAUUUGGCACAACACAAUACAAAUUAAAACUUAAAAUUAAAAUAAAAUUGUACCAAACAGGUCCUCGCUCAGCAUAAGCCGAGGCACGUAGUACCUCGACGCUGAUAUUCUGCGAGCACCGUUUUAGUAACAAUGUGAAAAUAUUUUAACUGAGAUCUUGAAUCGGAUAAAUUAAAUACAUCCAAAAAGACAUCUGGAAGUAAAAAAUUAUUGACUUUGCAUUGGUGAAAUUUGAGGAUUCGGAUAUCUAAUUUCAAUUAAAAUAUUUACAUUAAUUUGUUGUUUAAUAAGAUAAUUUAAUAGACAAUCAAAAAGUAAAACAAUAUUCCUUGGAAUAUCAUAAUUUUGUAGUUUUGAAUGUACAAGGUGCCCCUUCAUUUAUUUUCUACAUAAAAUGCUUGAUGAUACCUUAUUGGUAUAAAAUAAGUAAAACUUUGUACUAGAAAGAUGCGAAAUUUAAAAUGACAUGUGAAAAGCUUGUCGUAAAUAGGGAUGGAUGAAAUGUAUUAAAAUAAGAAAAAGUUUUUAUAAAUUGUUUGUCAUGGUAGAGUUUUGAUUUGUGAUUUUUAAUAGGAGCCCUCGGGUCAUUGUUAAAGUAUAAUAAUGGUAAUUUUAACGCUGAAUAUUAUGUAUAAUUAUACAUUGUAAGAUUUUAUUCUAAAUGUUCACGUUGAAUGUAUUGAGUUGAUUAGUUUAAAAUGUUCCUGUACCUAGUUGAUUCAUAUGUUUGGUGUUUUAUGAUAAGUUAGAAUUAAAUCGUUGCUAAAUUUGAUAAUGUAAUCCAACAUGCAAUGAUUAGAAUUGUGUGUAAUGUAACAUGUAAUGGUUAGGGAACUAAAUGUCAGCUUUGAUUGUUAAAGCGAUGCUUUCACACAACAUGGGUUUAUCACCAUACAUAUCAAAGUGUGCCUCUGCUUAAAUAGCAAAAUAAAUGAAUCAUAUCUUUAUCCUAGCGAGAUUUUAGAGAUUUAUAAUAUAUUAAAUAAUAUAUUAUUAUAAUGAAAGUCGAGCGUAUACUGUUAGACAAAUUUUUAUCAAUAUACCUAUUUAUGUAUAUAUACUACUAUUUAGGAUGCUAUAAAAUUCGUACCACUUGAGAAUCUUAUGAACUCAAAAUUCUUAUGACUUCGAACAGAUAAAUAGUAUAUUUUGUAAAUAUCCCUUCUUAUGAAUAGGACGCAAUAUUCUGAACAAAAAUAGACUUACCUACGUACGUACGUUUAUAUUCUUAUGCAAGUAAAUUGUUAUGACAAAACACUUUAGAAUUAAACACCACUUAUUGUUAUUGAAUGACGUGUUGGCUCAAAACUAUUUCCGGAGAGAAUCGCUGAACAUUCCACUGCCAUGAACAUUAUAAUUAUUUGUGCGAAUUUCAACAUUGUGUUUUAGUGAUAAUCUCUUGUUCACUUCGAAAAAUUCUCAGUAAAUUACAAUGCUCAUUUAUAAAUGAUGGUUUAUAUUAAAUUAUAUUAAUUUAAAGUUUGUUAUUUCUAAAUAUUUAUUCUGAUUUAUAAAAUCUGUUAAAAUUAGUCCUAUUCAAAUUGAAAAGAUUUGACUCUUUUUGUUAAACUAAAUACAAAACCACAAAAAGUGAGGUUAUUGCUUAGCCCAAGGGGUUUAAUAUAAAGUUAUUCAAUGCUCUAGAUAUAAAACUUUCUUUUUGAAUGGGAUUUAUUUUGUAGCAGAAUUUCAUCAUCUUCAUAAUACUUCGAUCAAAUGUGUCUUUCUUUCUCUAUUGUCGACAAUAGCAUAAUAGUUUCUUCAACAACACUUAAUCUGUAGCUUAAUAAUGCUUUAAGUGAAAAGUAUCUUAUGAAUUUAAUAACAAUUUUAUACUUACAUAAUUUGUACUAAGACAUAUAGUAUUAAAUAUAUAUGCGAUUGUCAAUUACUAUCCAUGAAAGAGUUUUGAAAGAAUUGGGAACAUAUCGGAAGAAUGUUAAGGGUAGGUAUAAUAAAAUGUAAUUGCUUAAAAUGUGAAUAAAAUAUGUAAGAAUCAUGGUACAA